AUGGCACUAUGGUGCAGCCUGCCUGAGUCUGCAUUCCAGGAGGGCUGGGCGACGAGUCUUCUUUCAGCAUACUACCCACUCCUCAUGACCGGGUCUUCGCUAAUCGUCUGCUUUUGGGCAGAGGUGUUCCAUCUCCGCGACAUCCGCUGGGAGCGGCCCAGAUUCCUCUCAAAGUCGUUUCUGGCGUUCGCGACCUUCAACUUAAUCAGCUACUCGCUUCUUGCCGCUGAAGUCGUCACCACCAACGUCGCUGACACCUCUGCUGAGAAGAAGACCUUCUACCAGCACGUGUUCAACGGCUGCUACGCCGUGCUGCUCUUCAUCGUGGUCAUUUUCUUUCUCAUCUAUGGAGUCGAAGUCUACUUCAAGCUGCGCGGAGAAUUUUUGAAGGAGACCAAAGUGUGCACGAUCAUAUCACCGCGUCCCGGCACAUCUUCGGCUGCAGAUGGCGACGACAUUCAGGAUACUUUGGUCACUAAGCAGGGCAUACAAACGGACUUGGCGAACGACCAGGGCACAGUGGAUCCGCGCAGUGUGAACCAGUCCCAAUUGCACCAGUCGCGCUUCGGACUGAUCAGCCAGGCCUUGAUGCUCAUUCUCAUCGCUGGUUUCCUCGCCAGUGAAACACUUAGCGAGUUCUGGAAGACCAAGGUCCCAGUAGUCUCACGCAACUGGCACGACCUGGUCUUCCGUUUGGCGGAGAUCGGUGUCGCGAUAUGGUUCCCCUGCGUGCUCUGGAAUUCCAUGGCGCCGGAGCGGCUGUGGCUGCUGAACCCUCGCAGGCUUCUCGCGAGGCAGCUAGACGACUCCAAAUUAGCGGACUUGCUUGCACAUCAUCCAGAUCCCAGGAAUGUAGAAACCGUCUCACUAGUCGGCAGUGUCGGGUCAGGGCGCGACUGCUGGAUCUGCUACGACAGCUCGCGGCCGGAGCCCUUAAUCCGCCCCUGCCGCUGCACUGGCGACGUGUCCGCUGUGCACCACGAUUGCCUGCGACGCUGGCUUGUCGAGAGCGCGGCUACUCCUGACGGUCUUAAAUGCAAGGUGUGCAACACCCCUUACAUUGUCCAGGAAACUAACAGACUGGACUGGGAGCGCGGCUUCACGUGCGUGCACUGGGUGCGCACCGCGUGCGCCGUGGCCGUGAUGGUGGGCGCAGGCGCAUGCGCGUGGGUGUGCGUGCAGCUCUUCACCUCGCCCGUGGUGCGCGUGCUCGCCGCCGGCGCCGCGCUGCUCGUCUGCUACGUCGCAGUCAGAUUCUUAGGCAUGAACACAGUGUCAGCGUACCAGCGUGCCAAAGUCUCAUCCCUCCGUAUCCUCACGGAGCCUCUCCCAGAGAACCAGCAGGACCCUGAGGGUCAGCUGUCCACUAUCAGCAAGACUGUCACCGUCGAAAUAGCAUCCAAAGCUGUUCUCGAACGGGCGUUAAAAGGAGAACCGAAAUAAAAAACGCCGCAACAGGUUUGCGAUAAUGUUAAAACGAUUGUCGAAGUUAAAAGCGUUUUAAAGUUGUGUAAAAGAAUUUCGAGUAACGUGAUUAUUAACUGGAUAACGUUACAAAGUUUUGUCAGUUGUGCAUGGACAGAAAGUCAUAGAAGGGAUUGGUUGCAAUAACAAGUUAAAAAUAACUUUAAGAAAAGACUGUACCUGACAUAGAAUUCGUGAUUGAGGUCAACAUGAGACGCUAAAUUUGAAUGUGCUAGUAAAGUCUUCAAUAACGGGUUCAAAAAUAACGUUAUGGGAAUUAACGUUAAAAAAAUGUAAAUAACGUAUUAUGGACAAAGUUCAGUGUAUAAAGUGAAAUUAUUAUAUUUAAUAAUUGUUUCAAUUUUGUCAGUACAAAGAAGACGGUGAUGCUUCAGUGAU